AUGAACUCAACACGCAGCCAGCUUCUCCGCAUAUGCGGAAUACCCUUCUCUCAAUCAGCCAUUAGGCCUGCUGCCUCCUCGAUACCGUCUCUUGUUCGCCAUGCGCAGCCUCUAGCUACGAGGACAGUAGGAAACAUCGCCAGGCCCAACCUGAUAUCUUCUCCAUGUUCUUCUCCUUAUUCUACUUCGACAUCGACUCAAUCUCAAACGCCCGCCUCCGACGCUACCUCCACAACAACAACAACAUCCUCCUCAGCUACCACUCUUCCUCCAGGUGUCAGCCGUAGUUUUGGCACUGUCAUCUCUGCCGGCCGUAUGCAACGCACUGUUCGCGUGGAACAAAUACGCACCAAAUUCGACAACUCCCUCCAGAAGCGGUUCCUCGAAAAGAAAAUUUACAUGGUCUCUGACCCCCGCGAUUCACUGCGAGAAGGUGACAAGAUUGAAUUUUGGAGUGGCCGACGCGUGAGCGAGCAUGUUAGACAUGUAGUUGAAAGGAUUAUCGUACCUUUUGGAUCGGCAAUCGAGGACCGCCCACCAGUUAUGACAUAUGCGGAAAGGGUGGAGGAAGAGCUGAGUGCCCGAAAGAACAGAAGACUUAGGAGGCUUGAAAGAAUGGCGGAUGGUCAGCCCAUUGAUGCUGAAGUGACCGGAGAGUUAAGAAUGGGAAAACUCAAGCAACGAGUGAUAAAGAGACUGGAGGCUGAGAAGGAGAAGCAGAAGCAAUCCAAUGUGUAA